CACAAAAAGAAGUAAGAUAUCGAUCUCUUGAUCUGAAGAGACUAGUAUUUUCUUUAGUCGCUUUUCAUUUUCUAUGAAUACCGUUUGGUGCUCGCAUAAAGUUGAAGGAACCUCGAUCAUUUUGGUCUAUAUUUUCGUCGGUUGUUUUGUUGAGAAUCGUUGGCUUGAACCAAACAUUUCCUGGUCCACCACAUCGUUCAAUUCAGCUAGAUUCAAUGGCUACGAGUGAAAACACGACGAGCUAAUCAUCUGAAAGCAAGUUGACGGGUUCAUAUGUAGCCUGCUGUUAUUAUCAGGACACGUGCAGAAUACCUCGCUAGGCAAGCUAUAAAGGAGUCAUGCUUACUUAUGUUGGUAUAAGGAAUAUUCUCUUCUCACUCACCUUGUCGUGCUUGCUAAUAGUGUACUUCCAGUACUGGAAAACCCAAAGAUGUUGCGACGAGUUGUACUCGCUAACGUUUCGCAUGGAGCCUCCCCCACCUGCACUAGUCCUUGAACUACGAGAAAAACCGCUGGAAAACACUCAGGAUCUUAGGAGACCCAAAAGUAGUCAAAAUGAGCAAGGAAAACAAACAAACCUUAUGAUUAUCAGCCAGGGAAGGAGUGGUUCUUCGUUUAUCGGACAAAUUUUCAACCAUCACCCAGAUGUGUUUUACAUUUACGAGCCUCUUCACACGUUGGAACGAGUUGAUAACUUUGAUAACUUUAUUGGCAACAACACCUCAGAAUACAAUCAACGUGCAUCUAUGAUAUUAGAAGAGAUUUUCAAUUGCAGUUUUAGAAAAUCUCCUUACCUAGAUUAUCUAUCGCGUCCAGGACAUUUUAGAUUAUCGAGCAGGGUGCUAAGAUCUCCACCAUUUUGUACAAGGGAGGCGGAGAAUACAACAGCGAAAGAAGUGUUUGAAAAACAGCUAUGCUCGUACUUAGAGCCAGUACUGUUGAAUCAAGUAUGUAAAAAAUAUAGCGUUACUGUGAUGAAAGUGUUGGAGCACAGACUUAUAGGAAGAACACUUGAAAGUCUUAAACCUCUUCUUGAAAUGGAGGAAUAUGAUAACAAAAUUUUAUACUUAGUUCGAGAUCCACGUGCGGUCAUUUCAUCCAUGUAUCAGGCUGGAUGGAUUGCUAGUAUAGGAAAGGAUGGUCAGCUGAUUCCAUAUCAGCCAAUCAGCAGACGUUUUCACUGGUACGUUCAACGAAUUUGUCAUCAGAUGGAAACGAAUGUGAAGUUCGUUAAACACCCGCCAUAUUGGUCGAAGAAACGUCUUUUUCUUCUGAGGUAUGAAGACUUAAUAACAAACCCGGAAAACAUUACUAAAGAUAUGUUUGAAUUUAUAGAUCUAGGAGAGGCUACGGGGAUAAAAGAAUGGGUUUAUGAUCACAUGAAUGCACAUAAUACCACAUUGGGGGGAACAGAAGAGACUUAUGCAACCAAAAAGAAUGCAUCUUUGACGCUCAAGAAAUGGCGCUUGGAGGCAUCGCGAGAAAUGGUUAAAGUAGUCGAGAAACACUGUAAAACUGUCAUGGAUUUGCUUAGCUACACUCAGACCAAGGUUCUGAGGCUUUACAGUAUGACUUAGGUUCAAUUUCACAGAUUAAAAGUUUUUUCAAUGAUGAUCAAUAAGAAUUAAACAGAUAAUAUGUAUUUGGCUUAGUUUUCUCCGCUGAUGUUAAUUUUAAUUUCAAACGCAUCCGAUAAAUGUGUAUGAUUAGAACUUCAUCCGUACAACUAAUUGGUACAACCAGAAAUUAACCUGGAGUUAAUACUGAACGCUUCCUGCAGCUAACGUUUGUCUCGCUUCGAUGCAAAGGCAUGGCUGCCUUUCAAGAUGGCGCAGG